AUGGAGGCCUUUCGCGGGCAAUUGGAAUCAAUCCCUAUUCCCCAAACCUCUUUUGCAGGCCAGACCAUCAUUGUGACAGGCUCGAACACCGGCCUGGGAUAUGAAGCGGUGCGGCACUUCGUGCGACUCGAUGCGGGACAAGUCAUUCUCGCGGCUUCCUCGGGUCGAAAAAACGUCAUCGAGGUAUGGCAGCUAGAAAUGGAUAAGUACGAUUCAAUCAAAGCCUUCGCUUCCAGGUGCAAUUCAUUGGAUAGGCUGGAUGUCGUGGUGGAAAAUGCUGGUAUUCUAAGCAAUACUUAUGAGGAGUCUGAAGGAACUGAGAUCAGCAUUAAGGUCAACGUCAUCGGGACCUUCUUACUAGCGCUGAAUCUAUUCCCAAUCCUGCGGAGGUCGCAAGCAAGGACUGGACAAAUAUCGAGACUAGUUAUUACCAGCUCCUUUGUCCAUUAUAAUGCCAAAUUCCGCGAACGGCAUGAGGACUCAAUCUUCGACGCCUUGAGUAAUAAGAAGAAAUCCAACAUGAACGAUCGAUACAACGUGUCGAAGUUGUUGGAGGUUAUGCUUGUCCGUUCGAUUGCUGCAGCAAUGAAGGAUAGUCCCCACGCCGCGGAGCCCAUAAUUCUUAAUAAUGUCCACCCCGGCCUGUGCGAGUCAGAGCUCGACAAAGAUGUCAAGGGACUUGCUAGCUAUCUACUCGCAUUCGCCAAGGCACUAGUUGCGCGAACGACGGAGGUUGGUGGACGUACACUCGUCCACAGCGCAGCCGCUGGAGAUGAAAGCCAUGGACAGUAUAUGAGCGAGUGCAGAGUCAGAGAGCCGAGUGCUUUUGUCAGAAGCAAGCAGGGCGCAGAGACUCAAGAACGUGUGCACAAGGAAUUGAUGGCCAUCUUGGAGAAUAUUCAACCAGGAAUCACAAGGAAUAUCUAA